AUAAAUUAAACACUAAUAACUUUAAUAAAUAUUGGUUUGGUGAAUCAUAAAAUCAUGAGAGACUAUAAAAGGGGUAUCACAUCAGUUUUUAUAUUUCAUAUGGGAAUAACACUUCAGACUGUCUAGUUUAUAUUAAAUUUAUCGUUUUUUAUUAAAAAAAUUUGAUUAAGAUCGCAGUAUACUUACAUACAUACUUUCAUACACAGAACUUUUUUAAGAAACAUGUCAUCUGCAAAAAAAAUUGUUGGGUACUAUGGAAGUUGGGCCACUUAUAGAAAUGGAAAUGGUCAAGUGAAAAUUGAUAAUAUUAAUCCGUCUUUGUACACACAUAUUAUAUACAGUUUUAUUGGUGCUGAUGUUGAGGGCAAUGUUCAGGUUUUGGAUCAAAAUAAUGAUAUAACCAAUGGUGGUUUGCGGAACUUUAUUAAUUUAAAAAUGAAAAAUCCUGAGGUUAAGCUUCUUGUUGCCAUGGGUGGUUGGAAUGAGGGUUCAGAGAAAUAUUCUCAAAUAAUGAGCUCCAAAUGCAAACGCAGUAGAUUAGUUGGAUCGGUUAUAAAUUUCGUACGAACUUGGGGAUUUGAUGGUUUUGAUUUAGAUUGGGAAUACCCAAAGCAAAGAAGUGACAAAGAAAAUUAUAUAUUAUUUUUGAAAGAACUGCGAGAAUCAAGUCCAAGAGGAUUUAUAAUAUCAGCAGCAGUUGGUGCUGAUGUUUCUCUAAUAUCUACUGCAUAUGAUGUGAAAAAUAUGAAUAAAUAUUUAGAUUUCAUUAAUUUAAUGACGUAUGAUUAUCAUGGAUCUUGGGAAGCCGUUACGGGUCAUAACGCUCCAUUUUCUUGUUAUGAUGCCACAGUUAAUAACUGGAUAGCAAAUGGAGCUUCACCCAGUAAACUAAUUUUAGGAAUCCCAGUUUAUGGACGAACGUGGUCUUUAUCGAAUCCAAAUUCAAAUGCAGUUGGAUCCCCAGCGAAUGGUCCUGGUAUGGCUGGUCCUUAUUCGAAAGAAUCAGGAGUGUUGACAUAUUUGGAAAUAUGUGAAGAGUUUAAAGCACAUCAUUGGGAAAAGUGCUGGUGCGUUGGUGAAAAUGUUCCGUAUGCUGUUAGAGGCAAUCAGUGGUUAAGUUAUGACAAUGAGAUAUCAGUGGAAUCUAAAGUUAAAUAUUUAAAAAACAAAAAUUUGGGAGGAGCGAUGCUUUGGUCCCUUGAUGGAGAUGAUAUUAAGGGUAAAAGUUAA